AUGGCGGAAGAUUGUUGCAGCUUCCAACUGAUUAGCGGUGACGGUGUUUUAAACAAGCAAGGACUCGAAAACUUCAAGAGGACCACCAACCUCUCACAAUGCGGUCUCUCCUAUGCUGUUGUUGCAAUUAUGGGCCCCCGAGUGGCGGUAUGGAAGAGCACCCUCUUAAACAAGCUCUUUCAGACAAAUUUCAGGAUGAUGGAUGCAGAAGAAGGAAGGAGUCAAACAACCCAAGGCAUUUGGAUUGGGAAGGGUAUUGAUAUCGAGCCUUUCACAAUUGCCAUGGACGUGGAGGGAUCGAACAGCAGGGAAAGAGGCCAAGACGGAGCAACAUUCGAAAAGCAAAGUGCUCUAUUUGCUUUGGCAAUUGCUGACACUGUAAUGAUAAACAUGUGGUGCCAUGACAUUGGUCGAGAACAUGCCGCCAACAGACCCCUUUUGAAAACAGUUUUUGAGGCCAUGACUCGUCUCCGCAAAACAACCCGCAAAACAACCCUGCUGUUUGUCCUCCGUGAUCACACAAAGACUCCACUUGAACGUCUUGAUCGUAGUCUGAGGGAAGAUAUUGAGAAGAUAUGGGCUGAGAUUGCAAAGCCUGAUGCUCAUAAAGGGACUCCUCUGGAUGAUUUUUUUAAUGUGGAGGUCACUGCUUUGCCUAGUUAUGAAUUCGAGGAGGAGAAGUUUAAAGAUAAGGUUGAUUGGCUAAGGCAGUGGCUCCAUUCUAUCUCUCCGGCAGUCCAACCUGCUUCAGGGUUUCCCCUUCGUGCAGAACAGAUAUGGAAAACCAUAAAGGAGAACAAGGAUCUGGAUCUUCCUGCUAUGGAGGUGAUGGUUGCCGCAUUUCAAUGUGAACAAAUUGCCAAGGAGACGCUCAGUCUUUUGAAAUCUGAUAAGGUUCUACACCCAGCUUAUGUUGACAUGCUGCGACAUCUACAUUAUAGCGCACUUAAAAGUUUUAGGAACAAGUUGGUAAAGAGGGUGAAGGAAGCAUCUAGAGAUGGGUUUGAGGCUUCCAUUGAUCAUAUUGUUCAGGAUGCCAUGCACCAAUUUGAAAAGGGAUGUAAAGGUUUACAAUACAUUAAAGGCAAAGGCUGUGAGAGGCGUAGCGCUGGGAAUAGGUGGCAUGGCAGGGGCAGGAGUUGCAGCGGCAGCAUUCAUAGGGGAUUGGGAUGCAGUUGCGGCAAAGAAAACAGGGGACGUGACGACAAUAAUGGUCAGAAAGAUAAUCAAGAGACACAUGCUGAAGCUGGACAAUUUCAAUGCCAACGAGAAUACCGAUAACAGGGCCAAUGACAUUGUCGAUGACCUUGAGGGUGAAACUGUCGAUAAGAGUUCCGAUUUCCAGAAUGCUAGUGACACCGCUAAUGACAGUGCCGGUGAGCUUGAAGGUGACACUUUUGAUGACCUUGACGAUGACCUUGAAGGUGACACUUUUGAUGACCAUGCCGAUGAUAAUGACCUAGUUGAUAACAAUAUAUCGAGAAUGCCAAUGAUAGUGCCGAUGACCUUGUAGAUGAUUGUGCCGAUGACACCGUUGACGACUGUGACAAUGAAUAAUAUAUUUUAUGAUUCGUAUGCCAUAUGUAUACGGCCAUGUUUACUGAAGAAGAAACUACGUUUUGUGAUUUAUUUUAUUGCAGACUAUUUUUUUAUUUCAUGUGAUUCAGAAUAAUUUACUGAU